UCAUCUCCGGUUCUGACAACGGUACAUUAAGACUAUGGAAUGCAGAAACAGGUGCCAGUAUUGGCUCGUCGUGGGAAGGUCACACUUAUCCAAUUCAAUGUGUGGCCUUUUUGCCGGAUGGAACCCGCGUCAUCUCCGCAGCACUCGACGAUCCAUUGCGACUUUGGGAUGUGGCGAGUGGUGUCUGCAUCAGACAGUCGGAAACAUGUCUAUGGGAUGUUCGUCACAUUGCACUUUCACCGGACGGCUCCAAAUUCAUUUCUUAUGACGGUUACCCCUCAGCAUCCUUGCAACUAUGGGACCUCACCUGCAAUCCCAUCGGAGCACCCAUCAAAUGCAGAGACCUUGAUGAUCCCAUCAUCACAUUCUUUGAGGAUGACAUAUCCUUUUCAACAGGGGCAGAUGAAACUUUUAGAAUCUCUGACGAGGGAAUCAUGAGGACACAGUCCCCAGGUCCAACAGAACGGCAGAGCAAACGAAAAGAUACCGGAAUAAUGUACAAAGAUGGGUAUAUCACCAUGAUGAAUGCACCCCGCCAUACAUUUAGGCUUCCAGCAGAGUGGACGGUGGAGAAAUGGGUAGCCAAUCGAGCCAAAAUUGCGCUCGGGUUUCAUUCAGGACAG